UCGUUAAGUAGUCCACCUUAAGCGCACAUAGUGGGUAAACGCAGGCGUAGAGCGAGGCUUCCGCUUCAUUCCCAGCCGGGCUCGGAGCGGAUCACUUCGGAGAUGAGAGAGAGGCGCUCGGCCAAAGCCAACGGAACCAGUGCUGCGACAUGUCGGAGCCAAAAUACCGAGAAUGGAUCCUGGAAACCAUCGACUCCCUGCGCUCGAGAAAAGCCCGGCCGGACCUGGAAAGAAUCUGCCGAAUGGUCCGAAGAAGACACGGCUCAGACCCGGACAAAACCAGGGCUGAACUAGAAAAACUGAUCCAAGAGCAAACUGUGCUGAAAGUUAGCUACAAGGGGUCCAUCUCCUACAGGAACGCUGCUAAAGUGCAAAGGAAAUGCAGAAAGAGAACGGAGCAAACCACCGGCAGCGGCAGCGGCGAGUCGCUCGGUGAACACAGCAAACGCGCCACUUACAAUAACAACGGCGACAGCGCGCUCAGCCUCACGGACCAAGAGGAGUGCGAGGACAAGGAGCCAGAUGCACGCGGGGUGAGCCCGUGUCCUGACCCGCUGCCUCAAACCUCGCCCUCCGCUCUUGAAAAGGAAGAGCAGAUUUUACCCCUACUUAGCGGAAACAGUUUUGUUAGUUGUAGCGCAACGGGCCACUCCGCCGGGAGCGUCAAAGCAAGUGCAUCGAAAGACAAGAGCUCAGUCGCUGAGGCGGGGGCAAGCGGCGCCUCUGCCCACCGCGAUGCUGCUUCAGGUGCAAACAAACGGGCUGAAGGAGACGUGACGCUCGGCCACGAGGGCAGCGGUGAUGAAGGUGAAGAGAAAGAAGAGAAAACUUGCUCGAGCGUCAGCAGUCCGCCUCCAAAAAACAAGCCCCCCGCGUCCCCCAAACCCAAACUCAGGGUGGGGGCAAAGGGCUCCGGGGCGCGCUGCUCGGACUCUCCGGAUGAGAGCAGCGCUGAUCUGGGCGACCGGCUGGUUGCUGCGGUCCGAAGUCUGUCCGAGAGACACCGGGGCUCCGCCGCAACACGGGGCCAGGCGCCGCCGGGGCUCAAAGAGAUCCUCGGCUACCUCAGCACGCAGCGAGGGAUGCCCGGGGAGAAGCUGACCCGUAACCGCGUCAAAGUGGUGCUGGAGCGCGAGAUCGAGAGGGGUCGUCUCCGCAGGACUCGCCUCGGCCACAUCACUCCUGCCGCGCGGGGGAUGGGGGCGGCCAAACCGUCCGCGCGUCUCUUGAAGAGCGCACUGCAGGACAGACAUCUCGCGAAAAAGGAGGAGGUGAAGGAAGAAGAAAGGAUGGAGGUGGAGAGUGAGGAAAAUGGCUCGGCAGAGGAUGUUCCCAGCACCAUCACUGAUGGAGGUCCCGCAGGCGUCAAGGCUUGCACUGACCUGACCUCACCUGACACGGAGAAUGAUAAUGGCACUGACUCACCACUGACCUCUGAGGGGAAAUCCCAGUCAUCUUCAUCGCUGGAGACGACGUCAAACCAGUGCUCCUUACAGCAGGAAGUAGACGUGGGUGGAAGUGAAGAGCAGACAAUGUCUGUGGAGCCUGAGGAUGCUGGUGCUGGGAAAAACGCAGAUGCUCCUGAUCAGCUACAUCCCGGCAUUGAGGAUCAGGUGAUUGUGAUGUCAGACACCGUAAAGGCUCCAUCAUCAAUACCUAUAAGAAACUGUUCAGGCUGUAAGCUGGAAGUGGGAGUAGGUGGUUUUGUGAAGUUGGAGACGGGUGGCAUGAGCCCGGUGGACUGGACUGUAGCAGACGUGGCCAGCUACUUCACCGCGGCUGGAUUUCCAGAGCAGGCGCUCGCUUUCAGGACACAGGAGAUCGACGGGAAGUCCCUCCUUCUGAUGCAAAGGAAUGAUGUGCUGACAGGCCUGUCAAUCAGACUUGGUCCCGCCCUAAAGAUCUAUGAAAGACACGUGAAGGUUCUGCAGAGGACCCAUUUCCAAGAUGACGAAGCUUUCUGCUGA